AUGCAGGAUGGCAGGACAGCGCUCCAUUAUGCGGCUGAAUACGGCAAUACGGAUGUGGUAUCAUUGUUGUUGCAUCGACGCGCCAACAUUGAUGCAGUUGAUAAGGAGAACCGCACUCCGCUCAUCAGCAUGAUCUGGACAAUUUCGAAAAGGGAUCUAGAUGAAGCAAUUGCCGUUGCACAUUUACUCUGCUCAAGUGGGUCGAAUCCGAACUAUUUAUCUGUAUCGGUCGCCAAGGCGUCUCUGGAACAACACCGGAUGGGACUACUGGCGUGUGCGCAUCACUGGCAUGAAUGUUAUGCUAAGGGUGUAUCAUUGACAGAGAUUCCGUCGGAAGCCAUUGAAGGCGGCGAAGACGCGGUCAGGACCUUUCUUGACGAUUUGGAGGAGACUUCUGCGGAUCAACUGGUCUAUCGGUCCAAGGUCUGUAUCGUCGGUCCAAGCACCUGGGGCAAGACAAGUCUUGUCAAGUCGAUGACUAGGAACGAGCCGUCGUCAGAGGAUAUUAAAGUCCGAACGAUCGGUAUCGACCUGUUUCCGUUUACAUUUAAGGAAAAUAGCAAUGAUGGAACGACGUCGAAACAGCACGAUGUGACAUUCUGGGACUUCGCGGGUCAAGACAUCUACCAUGACGCAUUGGACGAUGUGUUUAAGCCGAGUAAUCUGGUGGUUUUUAGUGCGAAGCGAAAAGACUCCAUCGUAAAAGCGCGGCAAUCCAUCGAGCAAGCGAUCAUCGACAAACCGAACCUCAGUAUUACGAUGCCGGCGACCUACUCACAAGUUUUGGCGCAGAUUGUCAAGACAAGACGACCCGAUGCAAACGCGACACCAGCAAACCGAGUGAAGCAAGUGAUCGUGCCCUUCCGUGCAUUAUUCAACAAGCUAAUGGAUGUUCCGAAUUUAGAAGACGCAGGCAAAUGUCAAGCGAUUCUUCGAGUUCUGCACAACCUGGGGGAUAUCCUAUGGUACGAAGACAAUGGCAAAGACAGAGACAGUAUCGCCAACCCUGACGAGUUGAUUAUUCUCGACCCGAAACUGAUGCUUGACAUUGUCCGCGAGGUCGUCAAUCACAAUUACGAUACGCGGAAAGGCAAUCUUUAUGAAGCGCUUCGUCGUGAUGGCACGCUACAUCACUCGCUGCUCAUAACAUUCACGUGGUGGGAAGCAUUGAAGGAAGCAGGUGACAAUAUGGUACCGCUGUUCAAGCGCUUUCUACAGCACUUCAACUUGGCGUACCCAGCAAGCAUCGCGGAGAAGCUCGACGAAGUCGACAUGAUUGUACCGAUGUACUGGAAAACGAGAGCAGAAGCUCAAGAGACAGUCAAACCAUUGGCAAAACAGCCAUCCAUGUUGACGCGAAUCAACGUCACUGGGUCGGCCUUUGCAAAGUGGCAGUACUCGCUACCCGCCGCCAUAUCCGAGGCUGUGUAUGUGAACUUCGUGGUGCAAUGCUACCGGCAAGACGCCGCUCGUAACGUCGGACCGGCUCACGUCGAGUGUUUCGUUCGCGGUGAGUUUUGCGCCGUCAUCAAGUUUGUUGCUGACAAAUCGGGGCGAUGCGACGACAUCGUGAUCGAAGUGGCUGCGGCAACACAUGAGGUUGCGUGGGCGGAGAUGCGGGACAUUGUCAUGUCGAUGGAGAAUGUUUUGCGCAAGUACCCAGGUCUGAAGUCAACGAAGCAGGGAAUGCUCGAGCGGUACAUCGUAAAACCCGAUGACGAUGGCGAACAUGAUCACAUAGUGGUGAGCGGUCUAGUUGCUAAUCCAUCUGAGCUGAAACGAAAGCGACUCAAGAUGCCAUGGUUGCCUCUUGAUUUCGACUGGUAUAUCCAGCGCGCGUGGGAAAAUCCGGGGAAGCUCGAAGAACUUCGAGCACAGAAGAUCACGCUUCAGUUACCCCAUCGACUGGAUGUGUUGAGGCAGCUCGUAGUCAGCAGUGAAACUCGCCAAUUGCCAGCGCUGUGGACACUGUUGUAUUCGAAGGAAGCAUCAGAGAUUGUGCUUCGCAUACACAGCGACAUAUCAGGGCUGUGCUACCAUGUGCCGCUGCGGAUUACUGUCCCAAAUAAAUUCGUCAUGGAGCACAGCGACUCCAUUCAGGCUGGUGUUUUAGUGCUCUCGGUUCUCUCCUCGCUGAUUCCAACCGACAUCGCUAAAACUGCCGUGGAGAUGGCGCUAUCUGGUACUGUAACAAAUGCUUGA